UAAAGUAGACAGACCGUCAGAAGGUUUAUAAAGUAGGCAGACAGUUCUUGUGGCCACAGUGUUGACGGUAGUGUUCGCUCAUCUUGAAAUCACCAAAACUUUCUUACGACAAGCCAAAAUGUCCGGUUUAGAAGGCCAAGAGCUGGUAGAGUUUUUUGACGUCAACGGCUACGUGUCAGGGCUGAAUGUUCUGGAUGAAAAAGAAACUUUGGAAGUCAGGGCCAACUUCGACAAAGUUCAGAAUGAAAUUGGAGAAGAAAACGCCACCUACUCCCUCCACAACAAACAUCUGACGGACGAGUGGGUUCUGAGGCUUGCCACACAUCCCAACAUGCUGAAACCACUCAAGACUCUCCUGGGGCCGAACCUGUUCCUACUGGACUCACGAUUUAUCUGCAAAUAUCCCGUGUCGGCUGCCGAGGAAAAGGAGGCUUUUGUGGCCUGGCACCAGGAUGUCAGGUACUGGGGAGUAGAGGGUGACGUCAUCAGUGUGUGGAUGGCCAUUGACGACGCUGACGUAGAAAAUGCCUGCAUGUUUGUUAUACCAGGUACCCACAAGUCCGGCCUGCUGGAGCAUGUGUCUGAGACCAAAGAAGGAAACCUGCUUACCUCCAACCAGUCCAUCCCCGAGCAGCUCUUUGACGCCACCCAGGCCGUCCCCUGCCCCCUGAAGGCCGGGCAGAUGUCCCUGCACCACGGGCACCUGGUGCACGGCAGCGGCACCAACAGGUCGCCCCGCCGCCGCUGCGGCUACGUCAUCAGAUACGUCUCCACCACCGCCAAGCCCAUCGAAGACCCGGACCGCCCAAGGUCGUUCCCGGCAACCGUGUUGGUGUCAGGGGUCAACGAACCAGAAAAUUUUGAGGACCACUCCCCCGACUGGUUCAGCUGGAGGAGCUAAUGUAGGGACACUUUGAGGACCACUCCCCGACUAAUGUAGGGACACUUUGAGGACCACUCCCCGACUAAUGUAGGACCACUUUGAGGACCACUCCCCGACUAAUGUAGGACCAUAUUGAGGACCACUCCCCGACUAAUGUAGGGACACUUUGAGGACCACUCCCCGAUUAAUGCUGGAAAUCACAAAAUGUUUAAAAAUAUACUAGAUUAUUUACUAAUUUAUUUAUUUAUUGUUCGCCAUUAAUUUAUUAUUUCUGAAAUAGCAUUAGUGAUGUUUAUCGUGAUUGUAGCGUUCGCAUGCUUUUAAUUUUGACAUGUAAUACCACUAUUUCAUCUCAAAUAAUGUUGUGUUUUCAUCAUCAUUACCACCAUCACUACCAUCACCAUCAUCAUCAACGUCACCACAACUACAACCACCAUCAUUAUAAUCAUAGUCAUCAUCAACAUCAUCACCACAAUCAUCGUCACCACUACUACCAUCGCCACCACCAUCAUCAUAAUCAUAGUCAUCAUCAACAUCAUCACCACAAUCAUCAUCGUCACCACUACUACCACCACUAUCAUUAUAAUCAUAGUCGUCAUCAACAUCAUCACCACAAUCAUCGUCACCACUACUACCAUCGCCAUCGCCACCACCAUCAUCAUAAUCAUAGUCUUCAUCACCAUUAGCAUCAUCAAUGUCACCACCACUACAACCACCACCACCACCACCACCACCACAAUCAUCAUCAGCAUUACCAUGACCUCGAGUCAGUCCAAUGCGAGAAAUAUCUGACCGCAGCUUUUAUCUACUUUCUACGCUUGAUUGCAUUCACUGACCAAAGGAAUGGUUGCUUAUUGAUGUAGCUUGUAUGGUCAUGUAGUAAAUAAAGAAUUGAUUCCCUAA